CGACGUCGGCGCCCCGCGUCCAGCCGCAGUACGGCCGCCAUGGCGUCGCCCUUCAGCGGGGUGCUGCAGCUGACAGACCUGGAUGAUUUCAUCGGACCGUCUCAGGAUUGCAUCAAGCCCAUGAAGGUGGAUAAGAGAUCGGGAAGCGGCGUGGCCAAGAUCCACAUCGAAGACGAUGGCAGUUACUUCCAGGUCACUCAGGAUGGAGGGACCCGGAAGCUGGAGAAGGCCAAGAUCUCGCUGGAUGACUGCCUGGCAUGCAGUGGCUGUGUCACCUCGGCAGAGACUGUGCUCAUCACUCAGCAAAGCCACGAGGAGCUGCGGAAGGUUAUAGAUGCCAAUAAGACGGCGGCCCCCGGUCAGCAGAGGCUGGUUGUCGUGUCCGUCUCGCCCCAGUCCAGGGCAUCGCUGGCCGCACAGUUCGGGCUGAACCCUACAGACACUGCCAGGAAGCUGACUGCAUUCUUUAAGAAAAUCGGGGUGCACUACGUGUUCGAUACCUCCUUCUCGAGGAACUUCAGUCUCCUUGAGAGCCAGCGAGAGUUUGUGCAGAGAUUCCGAGGACAGGCCGACUCCCAGCAGGCCUUGCCUGUGCUUGCGUCCGCCUGCCCAGGCUGGAUCUGCUACGCGGAGAAGACGCACGGAAGCUUCCUCAUCCCCUACCUCAGCACUGUUCGGUCCCCACAGCAGGUCAUGGGCUCCCUGGUCAAGGACUUCUUUGCCCAGCAGCAGCAUUUGACCCCGGACAGGAUCUACCACGUGACGGUCAUGCCCUGCUAUGACAAAAAGCUGGAAGCUUCCAGACCAGACUUUUUCAGCCAGGACUACCAGACUCGUGAUGUGGAUUGUGUUGUCACCACAGGAGAAGUCUUCAAGCUGCUGGAAGAAGAAGGGGUCUCACUCUCGGAACUGGAGCCAGCCCCCCUGGACAGUCUCCGGGUCCGCGUCCGCCCUGUCGCCGGUCUCAGUGCACACAGAGGUGGUCAAGUUCAUGACCUGGCCAACGGACAGUGCACUGAUGGUCAUCAGAGCUGUCCCAAACUUGACACACGUCUGAGCUCCCCAAAUAGGUGCAGCAGUGUGUCUGCCCAGGAGCCCAGCAGCCAUCGGGGCGGGGGCUCAGGGGGCUACCUGGAGCACGUGUUUCAGCACGCAGCCCGGGAGCUCUUUGGAAUCCACGUGGACGAGAUCACCUACAGACCCCUGAGGAACAAGGACUUCCAGGAGGUGACCCUGGAGAAGGAGGGCCAAAUCGUGCUGCACUUUGCCGCGGCCUAUGGCUUCCGCAACAUCCAGAACCUGGUGCAGAAGCUCAAGCGAGGGCGCUGCCCGUACCAUUAUGUGGAGGUCAUGGCCUGCCCCGCAGGCUGCUUGAACGGCGGAGGCCAGCUCAAGGCCCCCAACACGCCCGGCAAGGAGCUUCUCCAGCGCGUGGAGACGCUGUAUAGCAUGGUCAGGACAGAGGCGCCGGAGGAUGCACCUGGCAUCCAGGAACUGUACCGGUGCUGGCUGCAGGGCGAGGGCUCGGAGCGCGCUGGCCGCCUGCUGCACACAAGCUACCACGCGGUGGAGAAGGCCAGCUCCAGCCUCGGCAUCAGGUGGUAGGAGGCCUCCGUGCCAGCCUUCUAGGCCCGCCACAGCCCGCACCCGGACUCCCGGGAAGGUCGUGUCCCGAGACCCCGGGGACCACCCCCAAAACGCGGACGUCAGCCGUGGGGAUGUGCCGGAGCCCAUACAGAAACGAGCCUCAGAACCCCUAGCCAGGACAGGUGUGCUCGUCCUGACUGCCCACUGCAGGAGGUCAGAUGGUCCACAAGGUCCCAGAACCUCCCCACAGGCCCAGCUCUGCGAGCAGGGUGCUGGCCACUCCUGCCUUGUGGCCCAAGUGUGUGAGGGUUUCAGCCGGUCCCGUGGGCUGCACAAGGCAGAACAAAAGUAGGCGCCAGGCUCCCACUGAAGCCAGGCUGUGAAGGACAGUGAUGGGCUGCGCCUGCCGGGCCGGUCAAACUUGGAGCCCAGUGUGAGGAACCCUACCCGCGCUGGAUGGUGUAGAAUGCUGGCAGGAGAAGGGCGCCCAGCCUGCGACACCCCCUGCUGGGGUGCAGCACCUGCCCCACCUGGGACUGGGCACUGAUGAUGCCAGGCAUGGCCUCUGGGACCUGACAGCUUGCGUUCUCUGGGCAGAAUUCCAGAUGGGAAGCAGGCUCUGUGAGAGAGACCGCUGAGACUAGGCACGAAGUCCCUUCUCCACUUACAGGAGUGGGGGAGAGGACAGAUCAGGCUGAGUCCACGGGCCUUUCCUUACCAAGUUCCAAGUCUAAUAAAGGGAUCUCUCUCCCGA